CUUCGCCUCCCCCCGGGAGAGCCGUUUCCUGCGACGUAAUCGGAGUGCGACGGAAGCGCAGGCCGCGCUGAGGGAAACUCGGGUGGAACGAAGCGCCGAGUGGUCGAGAUGCCUGUGACAGUGGGGCCAUAUGGCCAAUCCCAACCCAGUUGCUUUGACAGAGUGAAAAUGGGCUUCAUGAUGGGCUUUGCUGUUGGUAUGGCAGCGGGUGCACUGUUUGGCACAUUUUCUUGUCUCAGGUUUGGCAUGAGAGGGCGAGAACUGAUGGGUGGUGUUGGCAAAACCAUGAUGCAGAGUGGUGGAACUUUUGGGACAUUUAUGGCAAUUGGCAUGGGAAUCCGCUGUUAAUGUUACUUUUCUAUCACGAAGACCGAUACCCCUGCAAGUUGGAACUUCUGCUAUGUAGUAGAAUAAAAAUCUCUGCACCAAGAUUGAAUAAUCCAUCAAAAUAAGUUUCGGCCUUUAUUGCUGUAGCAAGAGUUUGUAAAUCUUUUUCUCCGUAACAAAAAUGGCAGAGGCAGUGGAGAUUUAGAAGCAAUGGAAUCUCUGUAUACAAUGAAUCUCCGUGGAUGUCACCUCAAAUAAAUGAUCAAUUAUAGGAAUACCUAUUAGAAGAUGCUUUUUAAUUGGUGUUAAGUGUUUCCUGCGUGGGUAUGAUUAGUUUAUUACAAGAUCAGCCAUUGUUUAUCAAAGGAAUCUUCUGUCCGUGAUUUUGUAAGCCAAACCAGGGAGGCUUGAAUUUUUGCAAAAAUCCCAAGUUUAUGGAGGUGGAAUAAAAUUGGACGAAAG